ACCACCGGUGAAGUUUUCAUGCGCCGGUGUUCAACGACUGAAUUUACCAUAUUUUCGGAAAUCACGUGACAGCUAUGAGAAAUUAAUUAACCAAACUUUCGGCAAGGCUCGAGAAGGUUGUUUGUUUAUUUACAUUUUGCUUGCUUCAUUUUGCUGACGAUUAAAACGUACUUUUUUCAAAACAACUAAACUAUUGGGUGAACUAUGAAUUAAACUUUGUAGUAAUCCUAUGUUAUUGAGAUGGAGCACGUUCCUAGAGAUGUACAGGAUAGUAGUUUUGAAGCAGAGGUAGAAGCAAGAUGUAGCAAUGUUGAAGCAAGUAAUCCUGUACUCGAUGAACAAGGUGCUGAAAAAUUGAAAGGAGAUGCUAUUGGUAACACACUCUACAGUGAGAGUGGAUUAUUGAAGACCCUUAUCUCUCUCUCAAAGUUUAAUGAUGAUGCCUGGUCUGAGCAAUUUGAAGAGCAGCUCUGCUUUUUAUGGGAUAUGACUUUUGAAGAUGACGUCAUUGCUGUUCUCUUGCAACAUGACUUUAUUAACUUGGCUUGUCAAGUUAUUCAAACAUCCUCUGUGCCCAGACUAAUUGAAAUUCUUAUUGGCAUUUUGGGGAACAUGAGUGCUCGCAAAGAAGUUCGCAUACAUCUCGCUCAUUCAAGCACUGCGGAUAUUUUGAUUUCAUUACUUGCAACUUCUGACUCUCUUACACUGCUGCAGCUGGUUAGAUUGUUAAACUCAUGUGUAUGGCAUGUGAACAGGAGCUCUCACACAAAUGACGGUGAACUACAGGAUGAAGAGAAGCAUUUAGAUUUACAUGCUGAGGUAGAAUCCUGGAUUGCACUUCUGAAGAAUAAUUCAGGUGCCCUGAAUGAACACUUAUCAUUCAUUUUAAAAAGCUCAACAAAUGAGGAACUUCUUCAGUCUACAUUGGAACUUUUAAACAAUCUGUGUUGUACAACAUCCAAGAAUCAUUAUUUCAGUGAAUUCCUUUCAACCUCCAUGCUGUUGGAAGGCUUGACUGAGGCUCUACAUCAAUUACUAGAUGUUGGAGAGGAAAAGGAAGCAAAUGUUGUGUGGGGAGACAAAUCUGAGAAAGCUGCUCAACAUUGGACACAGACUUUGAGUGCAUUUACUUUGCAUCAUGCUGGCACAGACCUCAUUUAUGAUCAGAGACAAAUAAUUAUGCGGAGUUUGUGCAGCAUUUUAGACCCCCUUGGCUUACAAGAGAACAUCUUCCCACUUGAUUCUAGGAAAUUGGAGAUCUUGGAUUCUAUUCUUGAUGUCAUAGACUGUCUUAAAAACAAAAAAAACUACUCACCCCCUGCUCUUUUGCCAAGGAUCCUUACGAUUUUAUCUUUCCUUUCUGUUGUGACCAAAGAUACUGGAGACCAAGCUGAUACUCCAGAAGAAAGUGACAAUGAAGAAAGCCUGGAAAUGCAAUGGGAAGUUCAAAGUAGACUGUUCACAUACUGUUUCUCUGUCUUAUGUGAUAUCGACUUAACAGAAUUUUUGGAAGCUUUUGGAGACAAUCCUAUUCCUAAAGUCAGAGCAUUGCUGUCUAGCCUGUCACAGUGCUCCGAUCACAAAAUUGUGAAAAUAACGACUGUAAUUGAAAGACUUUUGACCUAGUUCUAUGAAGUUCAGUACUCUUAUACAAGCUUAUGGACCAUCUUAUUUAUUUCUUUUUGGAUAAAUUUGUAAACCAAGAAACAAGCAAAGUCUUAAAUAAUUAUGAAUGCAAUUUUUUGUAACAUUAAAUUAUAUAAUUGAAUAGACAA